AUGAAAGGCGAUGAAGACGCGGGGCAAGUAUUUUCCAAUGGUCAUACAACAAGUUCGAACCGUUCCACUCCUCGGAAAUCCUUACACACAGCCCUCAAUGGCAAUACCUCGACCCUCAAUGGAUCGAGUCCUACCGUCAAGAAUGGUCCGAUAAAACGUAUAUCGGCCAUCCAAUCGGCCACAUACCGUGGGCACGACAGAGAAGAGGUGGUCAGGAUUCUCAUUCAAGGGCUCCUGGACAUGGGUUAUUCAGAUGCAGCCAGCGUUCUGAGCACGGAGAGUGGUUAUGAAUUGGAGAGUCCUUCCGUGGCUGCGUUUCGAAGCGCAAUCCUCGACGGUAACUGGUCGGAGGCAGAAGCAAUUCUACUCGGGUCGCAUCGGCUCGAACAAGCACCAGGUUUGCACGAGGAUGACGAUCAAUACGGCGAAGGUCUUGUACUGGCCGAGGGCGCGGACAGGGGCGAAAUGCUAUUCUGGAUCAGACAGCAAAAGUUCCUCGAACUCCUCGAACAACGAGAACUCGGUGUGGCGCUUACGGUGUUAAGACAAGAGCUCACUCCACUGGGACAAGAUAUACACCAGCUACAUGCCCUUUCAACAUUACUUAUGUGUCCUCCAGAGGAUCUCAGGACUAAGGCCCAUUGGCCGGGUACCGUGGAAGAAUCACGCAAGAUGCUUCUACAAGAUCUGUCUCGGUCCAUUGCGCCCUCUGUCAUGAUCCGAGACCACAGAUUAGCCGAAUUGUUCGACCAAGUCAAACAGAAUCAGAUCAAUCAGUGUCUGUACCAUAACACUUCCAUCCCUCCAUCGCUAUACUCAGAUCACCUCUGUGAUCGGGAUGACUUCCCCUCCAGGACUUCUUUCCAGCUGGAAGACCAUACCGGCGAAGUUUGGCAUGUCCAGUUCUCCCACGACGGAUCAAUGUUGGCCACGGCAAGUCAAGAUCGGACCGUCAACAUUUAUGACACGGUUACCUUCAAAUGCUUGCAUAUCCUCAAGCAACACAAUGCAGAGGUGACAUACGUGGCGUGGAGUCCUGAUGAUACCAAGAUCAUCACUUGUUCACAGGAUUGCAAGGCUCGAGUGUUUGAUGUUGAAACCGGAAGGUUACACGUGACAUUAGAGCAUCAAACGGUGGAUUCAAACUAUGGUAUUACUGCCGCCGCCUGGGGUCCAGACUCGAUGAGUGUUGUGACGGCAAGCCAUGAUCGAAAUUCCCAAUUAUGCCACUGGAAUCUACUUUCCUCGGAGCCAGAGCGGCCCGUCCAUGUCUGGCCGCGCGGAUUCCGUGUGCAAGAUGUUGCUAUCACCGACGACGGCCACUGGCUGGUAGCUCUGGACCCUCAGAACAUCAUUCGUGUUUUUGACAUGCAUACCUACCGGGAAGAGCCGCCUAUCAAGACCUCCGGUAAGAUGACAAGUAUUUCUCUGAGUCGCGAUGGUAGCACGGUUCUGGUUAACUUGGCGAUUGGGGAGGUUCACAUGAUCGAUCUCGCUACUCGAGAGACGGUGCGGAAGUUCCGGGGGCAGAAGCAAGGCGAAUUUGUGAUUCGUAGCUGCUUCGGUGGUGCUGCUGAAAACUUUGUCGUUAGCGGUUCGGAAGAUGGGAAGAUAUACGUGUGGCACAAAGAGAAUGAGACCUUGGUUGAAACGUUGUCCGGUCACGGUCCCGGUCAAGGCGGCAAAGAAUGUGUUACCACAGUGGACUGGAAUCCCAAGGAUGCUGGGAUGUUUGCGUCCGGCGGCGACGACCGCAAAGUGCGAAUGUAA